AUUUUACCUCAUCAUUGAAACUAAACAAAACAAGGAUAAAAGAGCAAGAAAGCAAUCAUUUAGACAGACCAAACAAAUGAAAACAUACUUUACUUUGUGCAUGUUUGAGUCCACGUGUUGCAAAUUAAUUGGCUGACCUGUAUGUAGGUGUGGAUCCUAUCCCUAUCCAUCCAUCCGUAGAUAAUUGCACUUAUGAACCAUAGUAUAUAAUUUGGGAAAAACACGGUCAUGCUAGUGUUAUUCUAGUAGCCUUCGUGAUUAUAGCCUGCUUGACAAAAAGUAUUGACAAAGAGAAGAAGAAGGAUUCAUUUCAUGGCUUCUUCAAAGCUUCAAGCUUUUCUGAAUCAUCCAGCUGGCCCCAAAACAGUUCACUUCUGGGCACCUGCAUUUAAAUGGGGUAUCAGCAUUGCCAAUAUUGCUGAUUUUUCAAAACCACCUGAGAAGAUUUCCUAUCCUCAACAAAUAGCUGUCAUGGCUACCGGACUUGUCUGGUCGCGUUACAGCACUCAAAUCAUUCCAAAAAAUUGGAACCUUGUUUGCGUAAAUCUUGCGAUGGUAGGAACUAGUGUAUACCAACUCUCACGCAAAUUGCGGCAAGAUUAUUUCUCAGAGGAGGCUGUAGCAAAAGAAUGAACGUCGCGAGAGAAGAGCGCUGCUCAAGUGGAAUAAUCUUAUUAAUUAAAAAAAAUAAAAUUCUAUAUUAUUGCCAAUUUUCAUGUUGUACAUGUUGAAUGUAAUUCAAACUAAUGCAAUGUGUUAGAGGUGUUAAUAGGUAGUUUGCUUGUAAUGCAAGUUUGUUAUAAGUAAACUAACUAUGUUAGUUGUGAUUUGUUAGUUUUUCUGGUGCGCUCCGCCCGGUGACUCAGAAAGAAAUGGAUUUGUUAGUUGUGAUUUGUUACCAAGUAACCGGUUGUAUGCCUUAGAUUUUCACCUAUAUAAGGGGCGAUCUAUGUAUUCAUCUUAUCAUUACUCUUAAUCAAUAUAGGGAUUGAUUUUCUUCCA